AGCCCAGGAGCGCGCACGCACGGACGCACGGACGGACGAAAAGUUGGACAAAUGGAUUCCUUCGGAGGACUCAGACCCUUAUUAUUCACAUACGUCCUCAUUAACGGCAUAUUCAUUACUUUACAAACCAAAGAAGAGGUACUUUUGGAUAUGAGGGCCACUGGAGGUGAACUUGGCUGGUUGACAUGGCCUUUGGAUCAGGGGGAAAAGUCCGGGUGGGAGGUCGUCCAGAGAACCCUGAAUGGUUCUCAGUUCUACACCUACUCCGUCUGCAACGUUGGGGAACGAGAACAGGACAACUGGCUCCGCACCACUUUUAUCCAACGGCGUCCAUCGGCUUCACGGGUCUUCGUGGAACUCCAGUUUGUUGUGCGUGACUGCAACUCUUUUGAUGGCGCCUCCCUGACCUGUAAGGAAACCUUCAACCUGUUCACGUCAGAAUCAGACGCAGAUGUUGGCACCACCUUCCGUAAGGGUCAGUUUAAGAAAGUGGCCACGAUAGCACCAGAUGAAAUCACCAGCAAAAACGAACUACGGAUCAACACUGAGACACGGGUGGUGGAGAACCUCUCUCGAAAAGGUUUCUAUUUAGCCUUUCAGGACAUCGGGGCCUGUGUGGCUCUGCUGUCCGUCAGGGUCUACUAUAAAACCUGCCCAUCCACAGUGAAGAGCCUUGCGUCGUUCCCAGAAACUGUGGCGGGAGGUGAGAACCAAGCACUGAGGGAAGUCAAUGGCGUGUGUGUGAAAAAUGCCAUCAGCGACGAUCUGCCCCGGAUCUACUGCACCGUGGACGGGGAGUGGGUGGUACCAGUGGGACAGUGCCAGUGUGAACCAGGGUAUGAAGCCGUCGGAAAUGAGUGUCAAGAAUGUCCAGCUGGUUUCUUCAAAGCUGAAGCGUCUGUAGACCAGUGUGAGCGCUGUCCUUCUAACACCCAGACGGCAGGGUCUGGGGCGUCCAUUUGUCCCUGCAUGGACGGCUUCUACCGGGCCCCCAAUGACCCUCCAACUGGAUCCUGCUCAGGUCUCCCCUCGGCCCCCCGGGACCUUGUGGCCACCACCACUCAGCUGUCUUCAGGUAAACUCCUCCUCACCUGGAGCCCACCUGAGGACACCGGCGGACGCUCUGACAUCACCUACAGUGUGGAAUGUCAGCGCUGCGAGGGCUCCGUGUGCCAGGCCUGCGGGGAGAAAAUCCGCUACGACCCGUCCAGCGCUGGCCUGAGCGACACCAAGGUGACGGUGAGCGACCUGGACACGGACCUCAACUACACCUUCACCGUGGAGGCUCAUAGCGGAGUGUCGGUGCUGGCCAGUCAUGCCUUGCCCAGGGACAACAGGCCGUCCACCAGCGCUCUGACUACGUCUCUGCAGUACACAGAUCCCCCUAAGAUUACAACAAUGCAGCUGGUUGAGAGGACCCCCACCAGUCUGUCCAUCUCCUGGGCCGUGUCCCCGAAACCACGUCCGUUCCAGCCCGCGCCGAUCCGCUACGAGCUCAUGUACCGCAAGAAGGACGAUAACCCAAACAUGAAAACCUACACAGUCCUCAUCCUGGAGAAGAACUCGGUUCAGAUCGUGGACCUGGCUCCAGCUACUGCCUACGUGUUCAGGGUGCAGGCCCAGGGGGGGAGCUCCAGCCUAGAGGAACAGUUUGAAACGUCGGCUGAUGCAGAUCGUCUGUCCUCCAGUAACACCGCAGUCAUCUUCAGCGCGGCGGUUGGAGGAGCGGCCAUGUUGUUCAUCGUGGUGGUGGUCCUGUUCCUGCGCAGACGGAAAAGAGGCUCUCACAGCAGACAGGGACCAGAGGACACCUACUUCUCUAGCUCAGAACAAUUGAAGCCUCUGAAGACCUACGUGGACCCUCACACGUAUGAAGACCCCAACACAGCCGUCCUCAAGUUUGCCACUGAAAUCCACCCCAGCCACGUAACCAAACAGAAAGUCAUUGGAGCCGGGGAGUUCGGUGAAGUGUACCGGGGAAUUCUGAAGGCGCCUGGAAGGAAGGAGUUGGCGGUGGCAAUCAAGACGUUGAAGCCGGGCUACACUGAGAAACAGAGGCAGGACUUCCUGAGCGAGGCGUCCAUCAUGGGCCAGUUCACCCAUCAGAACAUCAUCCGCCUGGAGGGCGUGGUCACCAAAUUCAAACACGUCAUGAUUGUCACUGAAUACAUGGAGAACGGUGCCCUGGACCGGUACCUCAGGGACCAUGAUGGAGAGUUUUCCUCCUUCCAGCUGGUGGGCAUGCUCCGUGGUAUCGCUGCAGGUAUGAAGUAUCUCUCUGACAUGAGUUACGUCCAUCGUGAUCUGGCCGCACGUAACAUCCUGGUCAACAACACCCUGGAGUGUAAAGUGUCCGACUUCGGGCUGUCCAGAGUACUUGAGGACGAUCCUGAGGGGACGUACACCACUAGUGGGGGUAAAAUCCCCAUUCGCUGGACUGCUCCAGAAGCAAUCGCGUACAGGAAGUUCACUUCAGCCAGUGAUGUGUGGAGUUUUGGGAUAGUCAUGUGGGAAGUCAUGGCCUUUGGUGAGAGACCGUACUGGGACAUGAGUAACCAUGAGGUGAUGAAGGCGAUCAACGAGGCCUUCCGUCUGCCCGCCCCCAUGGACUGUCCCUCGGCCGUCUACCAGCUGAUGCUGCAGUGCUGGCUCCAGGAUCGCUCCAAGAGGCCACGCUUCGGAGACAUCGUCAGCCUUCUGGACAAGCUGCUGCGGAGCCCAGACUCCCUGAAGACCAUCGCAGACUUCGACCCACGCGUAUCCAUCCGCCUGCCCAGCACCAGCGGCUCAGAUGGGUCUCCCUUCAGGUCGGUGUCAGAGUGGCUCGAGUCCAUCAAGAUGAGCCAGUACAGCGAGAACUUCAGCCACGCCGGUGUGGUCACCAUGGACCAGGUCCUGCAGAUGAAGAACGAAGACAUCAAGAACAUCGGAGUGAGGCUGCCCGGCCAUUUGAAAAGAAUCGCCUACAGCACUGGUCUAAAGGACCAGACCAGCACCCUGAGUGUGUUUGCAGUGUGAUCCGGUCCACGGAGGGGAACCAAAACCAGGCACUGAAGCAGGAAGAAGCCCCUUUGAACUCUGAGCGGAGCUUGGAGCUGAACUGCAGGGGCGGCUUCCAACGGGCCCAACCAGGAGCACUGCGCCCCCCCACAAGAAGAGCCGACUGAAAUCCGACUGACUUCACUGUACAUUUAGGAUCUGUUCAUCGUAUCCACAGGGGAAUGGAACCAAUAUACAGCAAUAGAGUCAAUAGAUGUAGCCUCUGUAUACUUAGAUAUCUACGUUUUAUUAUCCACAUCUUCUGUACAGUUACCAAUCACUGCUUUGUUUGACCUUUUAUUUCACAUUCCUGCUUCAUCAAAUCAACCUUCAGGCCAGUUCUGGGUCAUGGCUUUCUGAAAGUGCACCCCGAGCGGGUUGCACAGUGGAUGUCACAGUGGCGUCUCUCUCUCUUUUAAUUGGCACUUUGGUCCAUUUCCUGUUGGACUGAAUGAAGACAGAGUGCCACAACCAGAUGAGAAGGCUGAAAUGAGCUUGAGCUGGCCAAAAAAAAAACCAA